AGGAGGAGGAGGAGGAGGAAGAAGAAGAGCUGCCCCCGCGGCCCCAGCGGCCCCGGCCGGUAGCCCGGGCGACGACGAGGGCGGCGUUGGCGGAAGAUGGUGUUGCUGAGAGUGUCGCUCCUGCUGUUCUCCUGGGCUGCCGGGCUGGGAGGCCAAUAUGGAAACCCUUUAAAUAAACACAUUAGACAUUAUGAAGGAUUAUCGUACGAUGUGGAUGUAUUACACCAGAAACACCAGCGUGCCAAGCGAGCAGUGUCACACGAAGACCAGUUUUUGCGUCUCAAUUUUCAUGCGCACGGACGGCACUUCAACCUUCGGAUGAAGCGGGAUACCGCUCUCUUCAGUGAUGAUUUUAAAGUAGAAACGUCAGAUAACGUAAUUGACUAUGAUACCUCUCACAUCUACACUGGACAUAUUUAUGGUGAAGAGGGAAGCUUUAGCCACGGAUCGGUCAUCGACGGACGUUUCGAGGGGUUCAUCCAGACCCGCGGUGGCACGUUCUACGUGGAGCCGGCAGAGAGAUAUAUUAAGGAUCGAACUCUGCCGUUUCACUCGGUCAUCUAUCACGAAGAUGAUAUCAAAUAUCCUCACAAGUAUGGGCCACAAGGAGGCUGUGCUGAUCAUUCCGUGUUUGAGAGGAUGAGGAAAUACCAGAUGACGGGCAUAGAGGAAGCCACACAGAAACCUUACGAAGAACGUGUCACGAAAGGUCCCGAACUGUUGAGGAAAAAGCGUGCCGCUUCAGCUGAAAAAAACACGUGUCAGCUUUACAUUCAGACAGACCAUCUCUUCUUCAAGUACUACGGAACCCGGGAAGCCGUGAUUGCUCAGAUCUCCAGUCACGUGAAAGCAAUCGAUACAAUUUAUCAGUCAACCGACUUCUCAGGGAUCCGUAACAUCAGCUUCAUGGUCAAACGAAUAAAGAUCAACACCACCAGCGACGAGAGGGACCCCACCAAUCCCUUUCGUUUCCCCAACAUCGGUGUGGAGAAGUUCCUGGAGCUGAACUCGGAGCAGAACCACGACGAUUACUGCCUGGCCUAUGUGUUUACGGACCGGGACUUCGACGACGGGGUCCUCGGAUUGGCGUGGGUCGGUGCCCCCUCAGGGAGCUCCGGUGGAAUCUGCGAGAAAAGCAAACUGUAUUCAGACGGGAAAAAGAAGUCCCUGAAUACCGGCAUCAUCACCGUUCAGAACUAUGGCUCCCACGUCCCUCCAAAAGUCUCCCACAUCACUUUUGCUCAUGAAGUUGGACACAACUUUGGUUCACCUCACGAUUCCGGAACGGAGUGCACUCCGGGUGAAUCCAAGAAUUUAGGGCAGAAGGAAAAUGGCAAUUACAUCAUGUACGCCCGAGCGACGUCCGGAGACAAGAUGAACAAUAACAAAUUUUCUCUCUGUAGCAUCCGCAAUAUCAGCCAGGUCCUUGAAAAGAAGAGAAACAACUGUUUCGUCGAAUCCGGCCAACCAAUUUGUGGCAAUGGCAUGGUGGAACCAGGGGAAGAGUGUGAUUGUGGCUACAGCGAUCAGUGUAAAGAUGAGUGCUGCUUUGACGCCAACCAGGCUGAAGAUAAAAAGUGCAAACUGAAGCCCGGUAAAGCCUGCAGCCCCAGCCAAGGCCCCUGCUGCACCGCAAGCUGUAAUUUCAAGCCCAGCACCGCCAAGUGCCGGGAAGAUUCCGACUGCGCGAGAGUCGGAGUCUGUAACGGAAUCACCGCGCUCUGCCCGGCUUCGGAUCCCAAACCCAACUUCACAGACUGUAAUAGGCACACCCAAGUGUGCAUUAAUGGGCAAUGUGCCGGCUCCAUCUGUGAGAAGUACGGCCUGGAGGAGUGCACGUGUGCCAGUUCGGAAGGCAAGGACGACAAGGAGCUCUGCCACGUCUGUUGUAUGAGGAAAAUGGAACCGUCCACCUGCGCAAGCACGGGAUCACAUCGGUGGAGCUCCCUGUUCAGCGGGCGAACCAUCACGCUGCAGCCGGGCUCCCCCUGCAACGAUUUCCGCGGCUACUGUGACGUGUUCAUGCGAUGCCGGCUGGUCGACGCCGACGGGCCCCUCGCCCGGCUGAAGAAAGCCAUCUUUAACCCAGAGCUGUACGAAAACAUCGCCGAGUGGAUUGUGGCUCACUGGUGGGCGGUGUUGCUAAUGGGAAUCGCUCUGAUCAUGCUAAUGGCUGGAUUUAUCAAGAUCUGCAGUGUUCACACACCAAGCAGCAAUCCAAAGUUGCCUCCUCCUAAACCACUACCAGGCACUUUAAAGAGGAGGAGACCGCCCCAGCAGACGCAGCCGCCGCCGCCACGCCAGAGGCCCCGGGAGAGUUACCAGAUGGGGCACAUGAGGCGCUAACCGCAGCCCUCUCGCCUUGGUUCUUCUUAGUGCCUACGACGGGAAAACUUCACUCCAAAGAAAACCCUACAGUCAUCGUCCCCAGCCCAAACGCGCAAAAGGAGAGGAGGAGACUGAAUCCCGGCCGCCCGAUGCCACGCCGCCGCCGCCGCCCCCAGCCCCGACCGGGGGCGUUCCCUUUUGACCGGCUGCAAGCCACAGCCCAAACUUAAAAAGAAACCGUGCUUUUCCUUGUCGUCGCCGUUCCUCGCGGACAGAUGUUUUUAACCAGAUGGCACAAAGUCUUAAAAAGUUCGAUCGUCUCCCCCUCUUCUCCGUGGCCGCGUUUCCUUCACGUGCAGGCGAGCCCGGCUGCAGUCAGACUCUCGUUCACAAAUUUGAAAGCGUAUAUAUAUAUAUUUUUCAACUGCCAACCCAGGCUAGGAAGCUGGACCCCGGCCCCCCCUCAACUUCGACAUUGGAGACGUUACUGGCCAAUGUACAUACCUUGUUAUAUGCAGACCUGUAUUUCUUACGUAACACCCGUACUUCUGUGUGCAAUCGUAAACAGAGAAUUGCAAUAUGGAUGUUUCUUUGUAUUAUACAGUUUUUUCCGCUAUUAAUGAAACAAAUUACUGUUUAAUUGACAUACUCAGGAUAAC